AACCGACUAACUAUAUUUUUCCAAUUUCAAUAUCUUGUUUAACAAUUCCUUACUCUUUAUUGGUGUUUUGUAGAGCCCACCAUAGUAUCAUUUACACUCUCAACAUCAAAAGAAAACCUAAUAUCUCUAGAUCUCCCUCCUUUACAAAUCAAAUCUUCACCCUUUCCCUUUAAGUAUAGAUAUACCAACACUUUCCUUUAACUUAUUAGCUUCCAUUACCACUGCCCUCUCUCUCUCUCACUACCUCCCCUCCCCCCAAAACCACAUGCACUUUGCCUACAUGAUGAUGUAAAAAUUCUGGUUUUAUUCUUUAGUUUCCUCUUCUGCCUUCUGUUCAAGGUCAUGUAGUUAAGUUUGGCAGCAAGCAGACUGGAUGAUGAGAAUAUGUUAGCUGACUCUGACACGGCAUCAGCACCCUCAGCUGAGAUACAAAAUUUUAAGUUAUUUGUUAGCUCAUGGAAUGUUGGAGGCAUUGCACCACCCAACGACUUGAACAUGGAGGACUUGAUCGAUACUGAAAACGACUUGGCUGAUAUUUAUGUUUUCGGGUUUCAAGAAAUUGUACCUCUGAGUGCUGGAAGUGUUAUAGUACCAGAGAAUACAACUAUAUGCAUGCAAUGGAAUUCUCUUAUUAGAAAAGCUCUAAACAAGAUAGCUGACAACGACAUCACCCUUCAGAUGACAGAGGAAGAAGAUAUUCUAAAGGUCUACCCACUAAAGAAAGGGAGUUCCUUGAAGUUCACUAUGGAAAAUUCAACACAAUUUGAAUGCAUAAUUAGCAAGCAAAUGGUGGGAAUUUUUAUUACCAUAUGGGUGCGGUCUCCACUCCUUCCAUAUAUCAGCCAUACAAGUGUCUCCUGUGUAGGCUGUGGCAUUUUUGGCUACCUUGGAAACAAGGGUUCAGUUUCGGUUAGAUUUUGGUUGCAUGAAACAAGUUUCUGCUUUGUGUGUAGUCAUUUGGCUUCCGGAGGAAAAGACGGAGACGAGAGACAGAGAAAUGCAGAUGCCUCCCAAAUACUAUCACGCACAAGAUUUCCAUGUGACUCAUUUCAAUAUUUGCCAAGAAAAAUUCUACAGCACGAUAAGGCGAUUUGGCUAGGGGACCUGAAUUAUAGGAUUUACUUACCUGAAGCCACAACACGAUCUUUAGUCAACGACGGGCAGUGGAGCAUCUUACUACAAAAGGAUCAGCUGAAGGCUGAGCUAAGAGAAGGCUGUAUUUUCAACGGUUGGCAAGAGGAAGAAAUUGAGUUUGCACCAACAUAUAAAUAUAAUCCAGAUUCUGAUGAUUAUUAUGGCUGCAGUCAGAAUGGGAAAAGGGGAAAGAAUCGAGCCCCAGCUUGGUGUGAUCGAAUUAUAUGGUUUGGCAAGGGACUGAAGCAAAGCCAGUAUAAUAGAGGUGAAUUCAGAUUGUCAGACCACAGACCAGUAUGGGCAAGUUUCACAGCAGAGGUCAAGGUUCCAUCACCAUUAUAUUAGAGGACUUAAAAAGCCUUGUCGAACAAUUUUGACCACUUGUGAAGCAGUUCUAACUUUCUAAUAAUGGCAAUGGUGACUAUUGUACGGUAAAUAUACUACAACACCAGAAUUAUUCAAACGAAAUCACCAGCAGAGACAAAACUACUAAGUGAUUUCUUCCCAUCUGUACUAGCCUUGGUGAACAAAGUUACAUGGUACUUGUUGUUGGUGGGAGGUCGCAGGUGGAAGGUCUCCGUGGAAUUAGUCGAGGUGUGUGAAAGCUUGCUGAGCCACCACGGUUAUCAAAACAAAUCCCCAGCAGGGAACAAUAACUGGAAAAGGAAACAGUGAAAAAAGAAAUUAAGAACCUAGAAUUUGCGCCCAAAAUGAUGAGGUAAAAUUUGGACACUUACUAAAAUUUAGUGUACAGGUUUCUCUUUUGUUGUAAGGGUAAUGGGGCAGCAAGGGAAUGAUGAAUUUUCUGGCUAAUUUUAUUUUUCUUUUGCAAAUAAGAGAAAAAAGAGAAAGGGGUUGUGGGAAGGUGAGGCAAGCAUAAUUUUGUUGAAUUACCUUUAAGGAAACAUGAAAGCUACAUUGAUCCAGAAAGGGAAGUAUAAGAGAAUAUUCAAAAUACAUACGGCAACAGAAACUAUAAGAUGCAUAGACCGAAAAAAGACACGAAAAGAUGCAUGUAGAUUGUACCUUAAAAAAAAAAAGUUCAAAUGUUUUCGCUAGGACAGAGGGUUUGCAUAGUUGUGCUUCCUGUGCACAAUAGCAGAAAGGGAGAAACUACUGAUAGUUGUCUUAUGGUUAGCUGUCCUAUGGUUGUAAACAACAAAGACGUUCAUAAGAUGCACACAACCCUACCACAACUAGCACCAGUUACCAUGCAGGGAGGCAGUUCAUGUAGAAAGACAACCAACAUUCAGAUUAAUCAAAGUUCAGGUCAUGUAUUAAGCAACAUGUUUAAUAUGAAUAUAAAUGCAAACAGAACAUCACUAAGUAGCAUCUGUCCAACUGAACAAACUUCUGGCAAAAGAAGGCUGCAGAGAUACAAUAUUAUGCCUAUAUCUUUCACAUCAUUUGGUUGGGAAGAGUUAUUUUCGGAUAAUUAAUCCCAGAAUUAGUUAUCCUACCAUGAAUAUGUUGGGUUUAAUUGGUGUGAAUGGAAAAUGGA